GGAGAAUGAAAAGGAGCCGCAGAAGGAGCAGAGACGUGGCGUCGUCUAUGUCAGACACAUCUCGCACGGGUUCUACGAAGAAGAAAUGAAGAAGUACUUCUCGCAGUUCGGCACAGUGACAAACCUGAGGCUGUCAAGAAGUUGGAAAACUGGCGGUAGCCGUGGCUAUGCGUUUAUUGAGUUCCUCUCUAAAGAUGUUGCCAAGAUUGUUGCUGACACCAUGGAUGGUUAUCUCUUCUUCAACAAAAUAAUGAAAUGCAGCGUGAUACCUAAGGAGCACGUGCACGAGGGUCUGUUCAGGCACUUCCGCUACCCUUUCCCACUGCGCAAGGAGGUGGUGCGCAUCGUCCACAACCGCCGCCGCACGGCCGAGUCGGAGAAGCGCAGUGCUCAUCGCCGCUUGGCUACAUUGGAACGAACAAAGGCCCAGCUGCGCAAGAUGGGAGUACGCUGUGACUUUGUCCCAGAGGUUCCCACUGAGCUCUUAGAGCCGCUGCAUUCCAGGGACACGAGCAGAGCUAGUGAAGUCACUGACUCGGGCUUGCCGUCCUUUGUGGAUUCCCAAGCGGAUCCUUUGGCAGCAAACAUGGAAGUUGCGCAGGUAGCAGUAAUUGCAUGUCGCGUCACCAAGCUGCACAAUAUCAGCGGCAGAUGCAAGAAGCACAGAGAAGGGAACGAGAACAGCGAGAACGACGGGAACGAGAGCAAAGAGAACGAAGAGAACGGGAGCAACGAGAACGACGGGAACGAGAGCAACGAGAACGACGGGAACGAGAGCAACGAGAACGACGGGAACGAGAGCAACGAGAACGACGGGAACGAGAGCAAAGGGAACGACAACAACGACAGCAACAACAAAGAAACAAAGGAUAAAGACAAGUAA